GAUCGUUGUGAAGGGGGAAUGAAUGUCUCUGUACAUAUAUGUCCUGGCGGUGCUAGCUAUCAAGUCACCCAAGUCACCCAAGUCAUGUUUGGAACCAUGCCCAUACAGUCAAGUGAACAUGACAUCUUGAUAGAAAUUGAAACACCCAUGGUACAGUACGGUACAGAUUCACCAUCUGGCGCUCAAUCCAGAAUUCAUCCAUGAUUGAUACAUCGACAUCGCCAUGUGGAAAAGUGUACCUAUGUGCAGUUCAAUGCAGGUCGUAGAAAGAGCAGAAUUCAUAAUCUUUUAAAGCGGCCAAUGAACAGCAUUUUUAGACUCCAACGCGGGUCGCGUCUGGGUACCGAUGGGUCUGGGAACUUUCUUAACCUCCUCUUCAACUUUCCCCGAUCCUCCAUCUCUCAAUCAGAGACCUGGUCGGAGGCCCAUACAAAACGCUGUCUCGUCUUUCUACAAUCUUUACAUUCUAUUUCGUACAUUUUCAAUUCUUCUAGCUCGGUCUUACCAUCUACUUCUCUCCAAAAUCUUCUUGACCGUCCUCGCCAUCUCUCAAAAUCUUAUGAGCCUCGCGUUAGAAUCUCAACUCGCCCACCGCGUUUAGGUCGCGGUCUGAGAUAUCCACCUUGAAGAAAAUUACUCUUGCCUUUCAUCAUUCGUGGUCAAAGGAUAUUUAUCAUGAUGGACUCUUCACCUAGUAAGGCUAACGCUCAACCUACGUUACCAAGCAUAGCGGGUACAAAACGUCCAGCACCAACCUUACUUCCACCCUUCGAGCCCCUUCCUUCUUCCUCUCCAAGUCUGCCAGGACGUAACACUAAGAGAAUUCGUACUUCACCAUCUGCAUUCGAAUCAGCCUAUAAGUAUCCAACUCCAAUUCCUACAUCCGCAACUGGUAUCCUUUCUUCCUCUCCUCCAGGGGUACACGCUCGAGCCGGUCUCCAUCGAAGUCGAUCCUCUGUUGAGAGGGCCCCCCUUUCAGCUGUGCCAACAAUUACUCUACCUGAAGAUGGAGAAUCUCUUCUCAUGGGUAGAUCAAGCAAUUCUUCCCACUAUCAAUUGUCCGCCAACCGUCUCAUCUCUCGUGUCCAUAUCAAAGCUAGAUAUAUUGCUGCUACAGUUCCCCUCGAGUCGAAUAAGAUUGAGAUUAUCUGCUGUGGAUGGAAUGGAGUAAAGUUACAUUGUCAAGGUCGAACAUGGGAGUUGGCAAAGGGAGAUAGUUUCACUUCAGAAACAGAAAAUGCUGAAAUCAUGUUGGAUGUUCAGGAUGCAAGGGUUCUGGUUGCUUGGCCACAAGGUGAUAAUCUUGACUCUGCUGCUCCAACAGAAGUUCCUUCGUGGAGUGAAGAUAGUUCUCCUAGGGGUAAAGUUACUGCCGUUACUGCUCAGGGUGACAUUAUCCAUUCAAGUCCGAUUCGUCGUGUUGAACGUCAUCCGUCACCAGUAUCACCAACACCUGCUCGCCAGACACUUUCCUCUGCCAAUUUGGCCAACCUCUUUGCUGAUGAUGCAGAAAAGACCUUCAUCCAAGUAUAUGAAGACAAAUCAGAGCCAGCUCCAGCAAUUGAGUCUAAAGAUACUGAGCCAGUAUACUCACCAACAGUCGCUGCAACAUCAUUCAGUGCAUCAUUCCCAGCUAGUCAAGAGAGUGAGUUGAGUGAGCCAGAAGAAGACCCUGAUGAAGAAAAUGAUCCCAUUGUUCACUCCUUCGGUCCAUUUGGUGCAAACUUGUCCUCGAGAAUGGCCAAAUUCACAGCUGGACAUGCCCCAGAAGCUCGUGGUCGUGAUGAGCAUAAGUUUAAGGCAUCUACUGAGAAGCGAUCGAGCUCUACAUCUACUGACGAAGGUGCUGUCACUCCUGUCAUUAACCAUGUAGCAAAUCAACUUGCCUAUUCUCGUCUUCAGUCCAUGCCAUUGUCAACUAUUCUCAGAAACCUUCCAUCCAAUCUCAGAGGUAUUAGUCCUUCAAAGAAGGAGAACAAGGGCCUCACAAAGGAAGACCUCCGAAAGAUGCUGAACAGAACAUCGUUCAUCGGCGAAAUUCAUCGAGAGGGCAAGGACGCUGCGGGAAAGCCACUUGAGAGUGAAUAUUACUAUAUUCCAGACGAAGACACCGAUCAGUCAAGAAAGGAGACAGUUCAAGAAGGAUUAAGGAAACCUAGUCUGAGAAAUUGUAGAAAGCAGCACAAGCAAUAUUAUUGGAAGCGUCCAAGAACUCCAUAGAUGUGCUUGAGUACGACGACUUGAGAUUUCGCUCAAGGAAAGAAUCGAAUUGUCAUGAGAUGUAAAUGCUUCUUCAUAACUUCAACAUCGAUUCGCAAACUGUAACAUAAACGACAUUCAUGAUGAUCGUGUCCCGGUAUGGUUGGAUUGCAUAAUGAAAAAAAAAACUGUUUGUAUACGAUGAUGGAUGGAUGAUAGAUAUCAGGCGAUGUUCCGGUCCCCAUACCCUUUUAUUUGCAUAGCGAGGCGUCAGUUAAUAAUUUCGCGUUUGUAUUCUGCUGGUUGCACAUCUCUCGAGGCAGUCUUGUACAGUCAGCGCAUCGAGAGGAAAGAGCAACUUUGAAGAGUAUCAGACGAGGUUAUCAUGUAUUAAAAACAUCUAAAAAUCAUUUAUGAAAUGCGUUCCGUGGUUGCAAGUGAAUGGCGCAAUUAGAUUGAGUACUCGUAGAUCGAUAUCUGAUAAGAUAUAGAGGCGUCUGAAGAUAUUGAUGUGACGAUAUGGUUUGCGACAAUGAGUGGGAGGGAAAACGAAGAUCAAUAUUCGGGAACUCGCAAGGUUAUUGUUGUUGUUGUUGUUUGGUGCACUGGGCAGCGAGUGGUUUAAAGUGGCGAUAAGAAAAUAAAAUGUUAUCGAUUAGAUCCCCAUAAUUAAGGUUAAGCGACCCCGCAUUGCGCUAGUACACGUGCCUCCAAUUGAACCCGGACUUCGAA